UGAGCCAGGGGCGCCCCGGGAGCACCCACCCGUGGGUGCGCCGCCCUCCCGCUGAGCAGCCAUGAGUGAGACGGUUAUCUGCUCCAGCUGGGCCACUGUGAUGCUUUAUGAUGACAGCAAUAAGCGAUGGCUGCCGGCAGGCACGGGCCCCCAGAGUUUCAGCCGCGUCCAGAUCUACCACAACCCCACGGCCAAUUCUUUCCGGGUUGUGGGCUGGAAGAUGCAGCCAGACCAGCAGGUGGUCAUCAACUGUGCCAUCGUCCGGGGUAUCAAGUAUAACCAGGCCACCCCCACCUUCCACCAGUGGCGCGAUGCCCGCCAGGUCUGGGGCCUCAACUUUGGGAGCAAGGAGGAUGCCACCCAGUUCGCGGCGGCCAUGGCCAGCGCCCUUGAGGCUCUGGAAGGAGGGGGGCCUCCGCCACCCCCGCCACCUGCAGCACCUCCCACCUGGUCUGUCCAGAAUGGUCCCACCUCAGAGGAGGUGGAGCAGCAGAAAAGGCAGCAGCCGGGCCCACCAGAGCACCUGGAGCGCCGAGUCUCCAAUGCAGGAGGGCCUCCUGCUCCCCCAGCUGGGGGACCGCCUCCCCCUCCAGGACCUCCUCCUCCUCCGGGUCCCCCCCCACCCCCUGGUGUGUCCCUCUCAGGGGGCUCUGCGGCAGGGCACGGAGCAGGGGGAGGCCCACCCCCUGCGCCCCCUCUCCCCACAGCACAAGGCACCAGUGGUGGGGGAACAGGGGCCCCCGGUCUUGCAGCAGCCAUUGCCGGAGCCAAACUCAGGAAAGUCAGCAAGCAAGAGGAGGCCUCAGGGGGCCCAGUCCCUAAAGCAGAGAGCACUCGAAGCACGGGCGGGGGGCUGAUGGAAGAGAUGAAUGCCAUGCUGGCCAAGAGAAGGAAAGCCACACAAGUUGGGGAGAAACCCCCCAAGGAUGAAUCUGCCAAUCAGGAGGAGCCAGAGGCCAGAGCCAGAGUCCCAGUCCCAGCCCAGAGUGAAACUGUGCAGAGACCCUGGGAGAAGAACAGCACAACCUUGCCAAGGAUGAAGUCCUCUUCAUCCGUGACCACUUCCGAGGCCCACCCCUCCACGCCCAGCUCCAGUGACGAGUCAGACCUGGAGAGAGUGAAACAGGAGCUUCUGGAAGAGGUGAGGAAGGAACUGCAGAAAGUAAAAGAAGAGAUCAUUGAAGCGUUUGUCCAGGAGCUGAGGAAGCGGGGUUCCCCCUGACCACAGGGCUCCAGAAGAUCCUGUAUCUCCUUUCUGCACACCCCGCCUGUCACCCUGCUUUCCCUGCCUCAACUCGACUUGGAAUUGGCUAAAGACCACACAGGAAUGCAUCUCCCCCACUCCCUGUCCUACUUGGAAAAUACCAAGGGGGUGUGGCUCCGUGGCCCCAGGGCCACACCCAUACUGGCUGCUGAUUGGCUGGGGAGGCCCCCACCCUUUGCUCCCUUUGGUCCUUCCCCUUCGCCAUCCCCUUGGGGCUGGUUCCUCUGUUGGGGAUUGGGGACCAAGUGACCCCACAGUAAGGGGGAAGGAAGGAGGGAAUCUCACAUUCCCUUGUUCUAGAUUCACUUUAACGCUUAAUGCCUUCGAAUUUUUGUUUUUUUAAGGAAAAAAAAUAUAUAUAUAUAUUUAGGUUUUGGGGGGAAGGGAAAUUUUGUUUCUCUUUCGUUUUGAUAAAACUGGGGUGUGGGGAGUUUUUAAAUGCUAUGCCCAGGGCUUGUCCCCUUUGGAGCAGCUAUUUAAGGGGGAGGAUGUCCCACCAGGCUGGGGGCACCUCCCCCACCCCCACCCCCACCCCAGGGAGCUCCCUUCCCUUUGGCUCCUUCCCCUUUUCUAUGAGGAAUUAAGAUGCUAUAACUUUUUGGAACCUCAGUUUUUUGGUUUUUUAUUUGGGUAGGUUUUGGGGUCCCCCUGGGGAAAUAAGAUGAGGGAGAAAGGAAAGGGGGAGGAAACCUCCCCUCUCCCACCUUCACCUUUAGCUUCUUGAAAAUGGGCCCCUACCGAAUAAAUCUGCCAGUUUUUUAUAAAUAAAA